UUGUACAGCUAAAAAUAGCAGGACACAGAUGAGACCGGAAGCCGCACCCAUAAAAUUUACAAAUGGCCACGCUGGCGGAAGAAAAAGGUGGAGCUAAUGAACUCGCUAAAAUAGCAGCUAAAGUCACCCUAAAGAAAAAAAAUUCAAAUUUCAAAAUUAUAUUCUCACAUCAAUGUCAGUAAACACCUUGUUUUCUUAUUGUGACAGCUGAUAACUUACCUCAUAUGUUAUCUGCUAUUGGGGCAUGUUGUCACACAAGGUCGACCGUGUUUAAUGAACAAUAAUGGAAAUGUUCAAGAACAUUUUUAUACUCAAGGCUUUAACUAUGUGAAAUAUUCACUGAUGUAAAAGCCCCCGUUUCCACUAAUGAAAAGAAAACUUCCUGUAGAGGCUGAAUACAGACAGAACAUGCUCGUGUUGUCAGUGUCAUGUUUUUCUGUCACUGUAUUCAAUUCACCUGCGCACAAGUCACGUCACACCAUUAUUAAUAUUUUGACGUCCUUUUAUUCUUCAAUGGUUUCUCGAGGCAGUUUGACGUAACUUUCAUCCUGAGAGAGAGAGAGAGGGAGAGAAAGAGCGCGACAGAGAGAGAUUCACUUGUUAAUGCUGAAUUUUGGUGGCAGCGCGCUCAAUGGGGUCACGAGGGACCGAACAAAAAGUCCUUCACUCAGCUUUCACCGGAGAGAUUCCCACCUGGCCAACGACACGUAUAAAUAGAUUCAGCCUUUUUACUGAGAUAUCUGACUGAACUGUAGAACUUAACAAGUUUGUGGAGGUCAAAAUGAGCUCCUCGCUUCCAAAAAGCGAAUCCACCACAUCUCUAAUCAAAACGAACCGGAGAGUCCGCACGGACCCCGCGAGCCACCGCAACGGGCACCGGCACACGGGAGGCGGCGGCGGUGGCGGCGAGGACUCGUGCUGGACCGAUGAGUGCGAUGCCACCGCCAGGAGACCCCUGUGCCAACCGAAACACGGACGGAAAGCGGAGAAGGUCCAGAAUCAUCGCGGUCAGGAUGGUUAUUAUCAGGAGGAUGGACCGGAACACCGCAAACCGUCACGACACCACCACCACCAUCACACCAUUGACCCUCCGGUCCAACUCCAUGGGAAUCCCCGCACCAGCCGAACUCCCUCGCCGACUUCAUCCCUUUCCAAGCGCUCGGAAGAAGCCGCGCUGUUCUUUGAAACGAAGGACAAGCAUCAGACGGGCUCGAAUCAAAACCUCACCUCCAGUCCACCUCCAGCGCUUCAGCCCGGCACAAGGUGCACCCCCGGCAGAGCGAGCGCGUACAGCGGUGCGCUUGAUGCAGACCUCCAUCCCAUAGUCAAAUCAGUUUUUGGACAGAACAGAGAGCUGAGACCAGAGGAACUGGAUGAGCUACGAGAAGCCUUUAAAGAGUUUGAUAAAGACAAAGAUGGCUUCAUUGGCUGCAAAGACCUGGGGAACUGCAUGAGAACCAUGGGAUACAUGCCUACUGAGAUGGAGCUCAUCGAACUGAGUCAGCAGAUCAACAUGAACUUGGGAGGACAUGUGGACUUUGAGGACUUUGUGGAGUUGAUGGGCCCCAAACUUCUGGCCGAGACGGCAGAUAUGAUCGGAGUAAAGGAACUGAGAGAUGCUUUCAAAGAGUUCGACACCAACGGAGACGGUCAGAUCAGUACAGCAGAACUAAGAGAGGCCAUGAAGAAACUGCUGGGCCAGCAGGUGGGUCACAGAGAUCUGGAGGACAUUCUGCGGGACAUCGAUUUAAACGGAGACGGGCACGUGGACUUUGAAGAAUUUGUGCGAAUGAUGUCCCGCUAGAGGAGAGGUGGACAACCCAUGUCAAAAACUGGAUCUCCUGUGCUCCGACAUAGAUGGAGGAGAGGAAAGAUUAAGAGGAAACGGGAGCAGCCUCACAAGAGGAACUUCUGGAACUUGACCUCUGACCUCAAAGCACAAAUGAAAGAACUGCACUAUAACCCUCCAAAACAGCUAUCAUGAAGCCCAGAAGCCAACAGUGGGAACGAGAGGACGGAUCUAAUACUAAUACUGUGAUCUCUGAAAUAUAUUUGUGUAACAGGGUUUUUUACCCUAUAUAAUGCCUGCGAAGGGUCAGAAGCAAAAAAAUACGCCCUGAGAGCAACCAAUCAAAACAGCACCUGAUCGAACUACUCAAGUAUUAAAAAAAAUCAGUAUGUUUAUUUACUGGCAUCUCACACCUACUUUGUUACAGUAGGGAGCAUCGGAUGAAUUGCAAUAACAUUGCUGUUUCAUAUUUAAGCUAUUUAUUAAUAUUUGUAAAAUAUAGAGAUGAGCGUGUAUAGUUUCCCUUUAAAAGACUCUGGCUGUUUUACAGUAGCCUAUAAUAGAUUAUUACUCACAAAGAUUUUAUUUUAUAUAUCGAUGUACUGGGAAAUGCUGGAAAACUUUGCUAUCAAUCAUUUGCUAUUAUUGUACAAUACAUCGGACCUAUGCACUACUGUAUGCGUGGACAUAUUUUUGAACUGUAGACAAAGAUUUGCCAUGAAGAAAACAUUAAACUGCCCUUGUUUGCACACUGUCUUGCAUGAAUGCUAGUGUUGAUACAGUUAGGAGUCGACACAGCCGAGUAGCCUACUCUUGUAAGCAUACUUUGUGUAGUUUUGUCUUGUAUUUAAAUGUUGUACGUUUAGUUAACAGUCAAACGAGCAUCUUUGAUCUCAAUUCACUAUUUGUGUGAGCGAAUGUGAGAGAGCUUGGAAUGGAUUUCUCGUAUCUUAUUUGUGUAAUUUCAAGUUUGUCUUACCUGAGUUAUUCUAUGCAUGCCAAAACAACUUUUUGUAGAGUGUAGAUUUCAUUAAAGAGUUGUGCAGUUAAACAAUUUCUGUUUUUGUCUCGACACCAAGACUAAAAUAUAUCAAUAAUAAAAGCAAUUGUAUUAUUCAA